AUGACUGGGCAUAAGGAACCUGCCGCACGAAGCAUAUACAUCGGAGAGCCAGAAAAACGGAAACCCAAACAUGUGUCAAAUGUUGUGUGCAAUCAGAAGUACAAUGUAGUGACUUUCCUACCCAUGGUGCUGUACGAACAAUUUAAGUUCUUCUUCAACUUGUACUUUUUGAUCGUCGCCCUGUCGCAG